UUAAUAUACCAGUAUGUGCCGCACAUACUUCUCUCACGCACACAACCAUCGCAACCAAUUCACACACAAAACCGAACCGAAUCGAAGAGAAGUAUGUGCGGCAGUUUUGUGUGUGCUGUAUCGCCGUAAGAUAAGCGUUGUUUAAAAUAGGAGAACUCUAUUUUAAUCGAGGUGACCCGUGAAGACAAUUUCAUUUUCAUCAGAUCAGUUUUUAAAUCAUCUUGUCACCUGAUUGUUAUUUCGCAGCGCAGUCUACCAUUCUAUUUCGAAAAAAAGCAUUUUGUGUCAUUGUUGUAAUAUCGCAGGAUAUACGUUUUUUUAGAGCUUUUUCGGCGUUUUUUAAGCUUUAUAGGCAGUUUUCGAAUAAAGUUUUUUCGUCGAAGUUUUAAUCUUUUAACCGUCGUGUGUACGAAAUAACGACAAACUAUUCGCAAAAUGAAAGUGUAUGUUCUAGCAUUGAUUCUUUUGAGUGUGAUUGGUGCCGAGGUAAACAGUUAUAAGAUCUUGGGUGUUCUUCAUAUUCCGUCUAAAUCGCAUUACAUAGUAAUGAAUUCGCUAAUGCGAGAGCUGGCUCUGCGUGGUCAUGAAGUUACAGUUAUUACGGCCUUCAAAGCGAAAAGUCCAUUACAAAAUUAUGAAGAAAUUUUCAUGGAAAACAGUUUAUCGGACGCAAUCAAAUCUGUGCGCUCAGACAAUUUCGUGAAUCUGAAUAACUUGCCAUUCUGGAAUCGUAUAUCUACAGCUUAUGAUGCUAGUAUGAAUUUCACAAAAUUCACAACCAGAAAUGAAAGAUUCCACAGUUUCCUUCGUGAAGAUCGUCAUUUUGAUGUGGUUAUUGCCAACUUAUUUGUGGGUGAUGCAAUGAUGGCUUUGGGUCAGUAUUAUAAUGCGCCAAUAAUUGCAUUUUCAACGACCAUUCCAUCAAAGUGGACCUCGGAUCUUGUUGGAUUGUCACAUUUUUCAUCGCAUGUGCCGAACAUAAUCUCUGGAUUCUCGGACAAAAUGAAUUUCUGGGAAAGAGUAACCAACUCAUUGGAAUAUUGGUUCGAAGACAUUGCCACAGUAUUGUACUACAGACCGAAACAGCAGAAAUUGCUUGAAGAAUAUUGGCCAAACAAAACCGAUGUUCCACGUUUGGAUCAAGUUUUACGGAAUAUUUCGUUGGUUUUUGUCAAUUCACAUGUGACACUUACAACCCCACAGCCGCUAGCACCGAAUUUGAUUGAAAUCGGUGGCAUUCACGUGAAUCAAUCGUCUUAUUCAUUGAACGAAGAUGUUCAAACCUUUUUGAACGAUGCAAAAGAUGGUGCCAUUUUCUUUUCACUCGGAUCAAAUAUCAAACUUUCGAAAAUGUCCGACCGAGUGAAGGCGAUCGUAGCCAAUUCAUUUGCUGAGUUCCCAAAUGUGAGAAUUCUCAUUAAAAAUGAAGAAAAUUUUGUGAUUCCUUCGCAUAAGCCAUCGGACGUUCUCGUUAAACCAUGGUACAACCAACAAGAGAUAUUGUCUCACCCAAACCUUAAACUCUUCUGCACGCACGGAGGAUUACUCAGCACCAUUGAAGCAGUUUAUUUUGGCAAACCAAUUGUUGGCAUUCCCGUGUUUUAUGAUCAGCACGUGAAUGCAAAAUUAGCUGAAUUCAAAGGCUAUGGCGUGAGUGUGCCGUACGAACGAUUGAAUGAAGAUAAUUUGAAAUCAGCAAUUAGAAGCGUGCUAACAAAUCCAAGCUAUGCAAACACAGCCAGACUCAUUUCCGGACGUUAUCACAGUCAGAUGAAUUCUCCGAUGGAAACAGCCAUUCACUGGGUUGAGCACAUAGCAAAGUUCAAAGGGGCACCACAUUUGCGUAGCGCAGGCAUCGAUCAACCAUUCUAUGUGUAUUACAGUCUCGAUUGUUGGUCCUUUAUCAUAUUUGUUUGCAGUUUAGUGUUGCUUAUCAUUUUCAAGACGAUUAAAUGCGUUGUACGAUUAUUUCCAUUCACAAAGCCCAUUAAAGCCGAAAAACUCAAAACAAAAAUGAAAGCCAAAUGAGAGAUUAUAUAUGAUAUUUGCUUCGACUAUUAUAGUGUGUGUAUACACACAUUUUGAUAGCAAAACCCAUUUAUUUGAUUGUCAAAUUAUUAUCCAUGUUUAUGAACACUUGGCAGAAAUAAAAGAACACAAAAAAAAUCGAAAUUUUUGUAUAAAUAACAAUAGGGCACAGAGCAUGACAAGAACAAAAUAAAAAGAAAAUAUGGGUAACGAAGGAAUGAGAAGUACAUACUUAAAUAUGCCAUUAGAAAGGGAAGCAAAAAUUUCUUUUUCGCACCAUAAUUGCACCGAUUUAUAUUUUUCUGACAAUGCCGUUGAGCCAACACAAAUAUGUUGCUCCGGCGCCGGCUUUAAAUAACUUUCGAAGUAAGAAGAUUAAUG